AUGAGAGGAGAAUACCUUUCUUUACUACUGCUCAUUGUCUUGGCCUCUAAUGAAGUUCUAGCCAAGAGCAACACUUCCACACCCAUAUUAAAAAGAAGUGAUUUUCCUAAAGAUUUCAUUUUUGGGUCUGCAACCUCUGCUUACCAGGUCGAAGGAGCUGCUCAUGAAGAUGGUAGAGGACCAAGUAUCUGGGAUACCUACUCUGAAAAAUACCCAGGGAAUAUAAAGGAUGGUAACAAUGGGUCUGUUGCGGAUAACUCUUACCAUCUUUACAAGGAAGAUGUGGCUUUAUUGCAUCAAAUUGGGUUCAAUGCUUACAGAUUCUCUAUCUCGUGGUCAAGAAUAUUGCCUCGUGGGAAUCUAAAAGGAGGAAUCAACCAGGCUGGUAUUGACUAUUACAACAACUUGAUCAAUGAGCUUCUGUCCAAAGGAAUUAAGCCUUUUGCUACCAUUUUCCAUUGGGAUACACCACAAGGCCUUGAAGAUGCUUACGGUGGAUUCCGUGGCGCAGAGAUUGUGAACGAUUUCCGCGAUUAUGCCGAUAUUUGUUUCAAGAAUUUUGGAGAUAGAGUGAAACAUUGGAUGACAUUGAACGAGCCAUUGACAGUGGUGCAACAAGGAUAUGUUGCCGGUGUAAUGGCUCCAGGAAGAUGCUCCAAAUUCACAAACCCUAAUUGCACCGCUGGAGAUGGAGGCACCGAGCCUUAUAUCGUCGGUCACAACCUCAUACUUUCUCACGGAGCCGCCGUCAAAGCAUCUCAAAAAGGUCAAGUUGGUAUCGCGUUGAACGCGGGAUGGAACUUGCCCUAUACAGAAUCGGCCGAAGAUAGGUUAGCCGCGGCACGAGCCAUGGCCUUCACAUUUGACUACUUCAUGGAGCCACUUGUGACGGGUAAAUACCCAGUCGACAUGGUUAACAACGUAAAAGGAGGUCGCUUGCCUACAUUCACUGCACAACAAUCUAAGAUGCUUAAGGGCUCAUAUGAUUUCAUCGGCAUCAAUUAUUACUCUUCCUCUUACGCAAAGGAUGUCCCUUGCUCCACCAAAGAUGUUACAAUGUUCUCUGAUCCUUGUGCCAGCGUCACAGGUGAAAGAGAAGGAGUUCCCAUUGGUCCAAAGGCUGCGUCGGAUUGGCUUUUAAUAUAUCCAAAGGGUAUUCGUGAUCUUGUCCUUUAUGCAAAAUACAAGUUCAAAGACCCUGUCAUGUACAUAACCGAAAACGGGAGAGAUGAAGCUAGUACCGGUAAAAUCUUCCUUAAAGACGGAGAUAGAAUCGAUUACUACGCUCGACAUCUCGAGAUGGUUAAAGACGCAAUCUCGGUUGGAGCCAAUGUGAAGGGUUUUUUCGCGUGGUCGUUGUUAGACAACUUCGAAUGGUCAAUGGGAUACACGGUUCGGUUCGGCCUGGUUUACGUAGAUUUCAACGAUGGAUGUAAGAGAUACCCGAAGAAAUCGGCUAUGUGGUUCAAACAGUUGUUGAAUCCAAACAAAAGCAAUUGAUGAAAACUUUAUCAUUCCGUUUUAUUAAUAUCUCCGUUACUCUGAGAAAGUAUUACUAUUCCGUUUUAUUAAUAUCCCCGUUAUUAAGAAAACUAAGUCUCAAACA